AUGUUAUCUCGAGUUAACCAGUACUUUGUCAAUCUCAUUGGCUACUGUGAGGAGGAUAAACCUUCCAAUAGGAUGAUGGUAUUUAAAUACGCUCCUAGUGGAACCCUUUUUGAGCAUCUGCAUGAUUCCUCAGCGCAUUCUACAUUACCACCUUUGGUUGAUGUAGAGACAAAUGUCUAUUGUUUUGGGAUUUUGUUGCUAGAAAUCAUUUCUGGAAAGCUCAAAUACUCGAAAGAACAAGGGUCCCUCGAAAAAUUGGCCGCUGAAUAUUUGAAUAGCAAACGUAGUAUCAGUUACCUGAUUGACCCAACCCUCAAGUCUUUCAAAAAGAAUGGGCUUGACCUCAUAUGUGAGAUUAUCCAAGAGUGCAUACAACCAGAUCCAAGGCAAAAACCAACAAUGAAGGAUAUCACUUCCAAGUUGAGGGAAGUGAUUGCUAUCUCACCUGAUCAAGCAACUCCAAGACUUUCUCCUCUUUGGUGGGCUGAACUUGAAAUAUUAUCUGUCGAGCCGACUUAA